AAUAGUUUAAUCAUUUUAAAAUCGUACAAUUGUGCAGUAACGUUUUGGAACAACAUGUUCAAGUUUAAAGCCGUGUGGGCCUUUGUGGCUCUUUACAUGGCAUUGUCGUGGGGCAAUGUCGAUGCCCAACAUAAUCCUCACUGGUGGAGUGGCCGCAAUACAAUUGUACAUCUCUUCGAAUGGAAAUGGAAUGAUAUUGCCCGAGAAUGUGAAGAAUUCCUGGCUCCGCAUGGAUUUGCUGGCGUCCAGGUUUCUCCUGUGUCGGAAAACGUCAUCGUUCACAAUCGCCCGUGGUGGGAACGUUAUCAACCGUUGUCCUACAAGCUGAUCACACGUUCCGGUAACGAACAAGAAUUCGCCGAUAUGUGUCGUCGCUGUAAUGCUGUUGGUAUUCGAAUUUAUGUUGAUGUCAUUCUAAAUCACAUGGCUGCCGAUCAAGGACAAACUGCUACGGGCACUGCUGGCUCACUAUCUGAACCCGGUUUGAAGGUGUAUCCUGCUGUACCCUAUUCAGGCAUGGAUUUCCAUGAAACCUGUGACAUUUGGGACUGGAAUGAUCGCUAUCAGGUGCAAAACUGUGAAUUGGUUGGCCUCAAGGAUUUGGAUCAGAGCAAAGAAUGGGUCCGUGACCGUUUGGUUGAGUUUUUGGAUCAUUUGGUGGAGUUGGGUGUUGCUGGUUUCCGUGUCGAUGCUGCCAAGCACAUGAGGGCUGAUGAUUUGAAGAUCAUUUACAAUCGUGUACGCAAUUUGAACACCAAUCAUGGUUUUGCUGCCAAUGCCCGUCCUUUCAUCUACCAGGAGGUUAUUGAUCAUGGCCAUGAGACCAUCAGCAAAUAUGAAUACAAUCAAUUGGGCGCCGUGACAGAGUUUAGAUUUUCCGAAGAAAUUGGACGUGCCUUCCGAGGUGGAAAUCAACUGAAAUGGUUGGUAACAUGGGGUCCAGAAUGGGGCUUCCUGCCCAGUGAGCAUGCUUUGGUAUUUGUCGACAAUCAUGACAAUCAGCGCGAUGGCGGCCAUGUUCUGACAUACAAACAACCGAAACAAUAUAAAAUGGCUACUGCCUUUGGAUUGGCCUAUCCUUAUGGCAUUAGUCGUGUCAUGUCUUCGUUCGAUUUCAGCGAUCGUGACCAGCCACCACCACAGACAGCUGAUGGUGUUAUUAUUUCGCCGGUAUUUGAUGCCACCACGGGUGCCUGUACCAAUGGUUGGGUGUGCGAACAUCGUUGGCGCCAGAUCUACAAUAUGAUUGAAUUCAAAAAUGUGGCCGGUGAUGCAGGCCUCAAUGAUUGGUGGGAUAAUGGCGAUAAUCAAAUUGCCUUCUGUCGUGGCGACAGAGCUUUUGUAGCCUUCAAUGGCAAUUCGUAUGAUUUGGAUGAACGUUUGAUGACCUGCUUGGCGCCCGGCACCUAUUGUGAUGUUAUUUCUGGUGCUAAAGUUAAUGGUCGCUGUACGGGCAAAUCGGUGGAAGUUGAAUUGUUGGGUUAUGCCCAAAUUAAAAUAGGAGCCGGUGAAGAUGAUGGUGUUCUGGCCAUACAUAAAAAUUCGAAAUUGUAAAAGAGAGAUAAAUAAAGUUGGAGAAUGCAA